CUGGAUUUUCAUAAAACGUUGAAUCAAACUGAAACAAAAAUGAGUACAUGGGAUUUCUCAGCUUAUAAAUAGCUCUGUAUAGUCGAUUGGCUUUCCAAUCGUCCAUUCCAUGUUGGCUUUAAGUAUGAUUUCAUGUCUUUUCUUUUUCCUGAAUACGCUGUGUGGUUUCAACGCCAUUGUUGGAUCAAUAGGAUCUUUUACGUUUCUUGCUUCUACAAUCCUUCAUCAUGAACAAAUUGUUCAAUGGACUCGUAUACGCAAACAUGCCGAUUCGACAUUAACGCGAUGUAAGAAAAUAGGUAAACAUUCGUAUUUGAUAAAACAACCUUUUCUAGUUGGUGUCACAGUCAAUCAACCUGAAGAGCUUCUUUCAAGUCUUGUUGAUUGAGAGGGUCACCUGUGCCUAGGAAAAUGGAUGAUCCUGCCAUUUUCCAGUAUUAAACUUUCUUCCCAUGUUUACAUUCAUAAAGUAUUCAUCCAUAAAAAAAGAACUCAUUCUAAACAGGGUCUAAUGAUGGUUAUGACUGAAACGAUUCUUUCCAAUUUUCCAAGUGCCAGGUUCGCUUACUACUCAUACCGAAAAAUCAAAUUUUUCUCAAUUCCUUAGGUAUUUGAAACGAAAAAAACUUUUUGAAUAGUGUAUUGUUUCCUACUCGUUUUAAUUCUUUUUUGCUUAAUUUUCCUCUUCCUCACAACCCCUUGUUCACACUACUACUUCUCAAAUGAGAGGAAAACCAUUUAUUUCCUUGAAGCGGAUGCUGUUGCGUCCCUCAUGGAACAAAUAUAAUCUGUAUAACAUUGCUCGUAAGCAGUUACCGUCCACUAGCAGCAGGACACUUUUCCAAAAAAAAUGGACUGCGAAACGUGAAACAAGGGCCUAUCAUGGACCUCAGCUACGUGAAUACCAGCUAAAAAACUCAUUUCAACCAAAGCUGCAUGGAGUUACUCCUUCGCAUGAAAACAAAAUCCCCAUUCCUUUUAUGUCACAGAUGUAUGCAUUUAUAGAAUCACGACUAGAUAUGUCUAUUCAUCGUGCAAUGUUUGCUUCUAGUGCUCUACAAGCUCGUCAACUGGUUGUGCACGGCAAAGUUUGUGUGAAUGGUUUGCCCGAAAAACGGAGCUAUCGAGUACUCAAACCAGGUGAUCUAGUAACUGUUAAUCCCAUAUCUGUUUUGCAUUGUGUGUCUGCAUUAAAUACCAAGAAUUCUCAACAAGCUUCCUCUGGAUCUACUACCUCUACCGAGAAAGACGAGUCUUCUUCGUCUUCCAAUGAACCAGAAGUGACUUCUUUCAACGAAGACACUCAGAAAACGUCUUUGACCAAAUCAAACUUGGACCCUAAACUUGAAAGAGCUGUGCAUAACUUCUCUCCAAAGCCCUAUAUGGCUCUCAUGGCUUUUAUCCCGUCUUACCUGGAAGUAUGCUUCCAAACAUGUUCUUUCGUGUAUGUACGCGAUCCAGUAGCUCGUCCAGGGUUCACCGAAGUCCCUUCACCCUUCCCUGAGGAUGUCCAUGCUCUUGCUUACAGCUUCUACAUACGUAGUCGAUGCAUGCGUCAAGGCGCUGUUCGUCGUCAAGCCAAAAGACUGUUCCCUCAGAGAAUCCAUGAUCCUGGAUUCUUCCGUGGUCCCCGUGACUUAUAUGAGCCCAAGAUAAAAUCCUUAAAGAACUCUCUUUCUGAAAGGUAUCCUGUCCGCCAAACCAAGUUGCCCAAACUUGUGUAAGCAUAAACGUAGCAGAAUAAUUUAUAUUCCUUCAUUUAAUAAAAUUCAUUUAUGUAUACA